UUUGCAUUGCUUUGCUGCAUUGCAAGAUGAGGCUGGUUUCUGAAACAUUUCUGUUGUUGCACACUUCAACAUGCAACAACUGAUGAUAAUACAGGGAAUUCUGGAAUAGCAAAUCUGCUGACAGCAGCAUGGACAACAAAAAGAAGUUGCCUCAUUUGGUCAGGGUUGAACACACAUCUGAAAGAUCUCAUAAGAAGAAACACGGAUCACAAGUUGAGCAGGAGCAAAUUCAGAAGAGAACCUUCACCAACUGGAUCAAUGCCCAGCUGUCUAAGAGGAGUCCUCCAGUUACUGUGGUGGAUCUUUUCAAUGAAUUCAGAGAUGGAAGCAGACUUUUGGACCUGCUGGAGGCGUCGAGUGGUCAGAGAAUGAGCCGGGAAAAAGGAAGGGGGACAUUUCAGCACAGAACAAACAUUGAGAAAGGUCUAGCGUUCCUUAAGAGGAAAUCGAUCAAACUGGUCAACAUCAAUGUCUCAGACAUUAUGGACGGGAAACCUUCCAUCAUUCUGGGUCUCGUCUGGACCAUCAUCAUGCACAUUCAUAUCGAAGAGUUGGCCAGCACAUUGAACUUUAGUUCUCGUCAGUCGUCUCUGGAGUCACUGGCGAGUUUGGAUACUCGUUCGACCAGCAGCAGUGCCCGCAGCAGUCCAGUGCCACCCCGUGGUUCACCCCUGCACACCCGUUUCCGCGUAUCUGCCAAGAAAGCCCUGCUGCUGUGGGUCAGAGAGCAGUGCCAGAGGGCUGGUUGUACUCUGAAUGUGAAGGAUUUUAAGGCGAGCUGGAGGAGUGGUGUAGUGUUUUUGGCGAUACUUCAUGCUCUAAGACCGAAUAUAGUGAACUUAACCAGAGCCCGAACAAGAACGAACAGACAGAACCUGGAGGAAGCCUUCCACAUUGCUGAAAGAGAACUUCACAUCCCCAGACUACUAGAUCCAGCCGAUGUUGAUGUUAGGAAUCCUGAUGAAAAAUCUAUUAUGACUUAUGUUGCUCAGUUCCUGCAGUACUCUAAAGAUACUUCUGUUUGUGAUGAGGAAAUGCAGUAUCUCACUCCUCCUCAGCGCCUCUCUCCUGUCAAUCUGCCAUCAGACUUUACUCCUUCUAUAGCUGCGUCACCUUUAAGACAGACCUCAGCCAAUCAGAAGGCGCAGGAGGUCACAUGCUGGUUGGAUCAGGCCUAUCAGGAGCUGAUAGAGGGGUGGGACUCCACUGAAGGAGAGAGCUAUGCUGAGAGAUACCAAGUCUUCCACACCUUCAUUGUGUCCUUUAACGAACAGCGGCGGCCUGUAAUGCCGUUACUAACCGCGAUGAAGAGGACUCCUCAUCUCAGUGCAGAGCAGAAAGCUCUCAGACGAGCAUGGGAUGCUCUCGCUGAGAAGCUGCGUGAGUAUAAAACAGAGCUAGACCUGAGUCUCCCACCCCCACUGGACACCGUAGGGCGCUGGUUAUUGCGUAUUGAAGAGGUUUUAUCUGCUGAAGAAGGUGAGCCAAUAGAUCAUGCCCGAGCCGCAGAGGAGGCCCGGGAGAGACUCGAGCUACUAAAGGUGUGUUUGGAGGAGAUGCCACAUCAUAUCAAGAGGUUUAAUAUGUUUCAAAAAACAAAUGAGUUUGGAGAAACUCUGGUGCCGACAGACAAGAUGGAAGAGAUGAAGAGAAGGUUCACCGGAGUCCGUGUAACAGCUAAAUAUCAUGGUAUUAAGCUGGAGUACCAUGAGUGCAGACACACAGUGUUAGACCUGCUGAAUCAACUCAACAUUAAACUGCGAUCUUGGAAAAGAGCCUACAUUUCCCAGGAGGCUGUUCGUGUGUUAAUGCAGGACUGGAAUGAGACUGUGAACAAACAGGAACUGACUUCUUUGCUAGAUGGAGCCCUCCAUAGACUCAAACUAAUCGCCAACAAAUACACCAGCAAGGCUGCCUUGGCUGGAGACUCGACUCAGGUAAAUCAUCAGGUGGCUGAUCUGGAAGCAGAUGUGACAGUGACUCUGGAGGGUGUACGGAUGGUGAGGGGUACUAUGGGCCGUGUUUUGGCAGCAUGGGACUCUUACAGUGAUAUCUACACCUCAUUGCGCGCAUGGCUGGAGCAGGGUCCACAUGGCCAGCGACACAGGCAGAGAACAGAGGUGGCAUUAUCAGUAAUGUCAGAGUGGAGUUCUCGCCAAGCUCACCUGAAUGAGGUGGCCAACUACUUGACAGAGGUCACAGACCCACAGUCUAGUCGCGCUAUUUCAGAUGAACUCUGCAAGAUAAAUCUACUCUGGGCUGACUUUGCCAAAACAGCCCAAUUUUCUUUAGUUGAGGAGCCCAGUGCUGACCCAUCUAGUGCUCAGACAGUUCAGUCUCUGAUAAGGGAGGCCACUCAGUUACUGAAAGAACCUGUGGAGGUGGUUUCUGGAUCACUACGUACUUACACAAAGAGACUACAGCUUAUGAUGACGAAAAUAAAGGAUGUGGAUCUAGAAGCCCUCUCGCCAUCUCUAGACUGCUCUCCAGAAACCCUGAGCAAACUUCAGCAAGCUAUACCUGAAGUCUUGCAGACACUGUGUGAGGCAGAGCAGGUGUGUGAUGAGCUGCGCGUGAGUGUGAGUGGGUUGGAUGGGCGUCUUGCUGAACUGUUACACUGGGAGAUGGAAGCCAGUGAGUUGUAUCAGCUCCUGAAGGAGGAAACACACAGGCAGAGAAGAGGGCAAGACCCCAGAGCACGGCUGUUGAUUUCAAGGGGUCUACAGUUAGAGGGUCAGGUGGUUAUGGAGGAGCAGGAUCUACAGGUGAUGGUCAUGACUAGUCAAAAGACUUCACCACUGCAGUAUCUCAUCGUAUCCACCACGCAGGACAGAGUCCGCACUGCUGUUGAAAAGUCACAGGAAGCCAUAGGGAUGCUCAGCUCUUUAGGGGCUUGCAGAGACAGAAGCCCUGUUAGAGACCAGCCCCCUUCCAAGAUCUUUGUACAGUAUCAUGAGAUAGAGGAAGAGUCCCAAACCCAAAAACCCUCCUUCCAGCCUAUCUCUCCAUCAGGAGCCUCUGGCCAAACAGAACCUCAGCCUGCAGUCAGGGCCAAAGUCCCAAAAUAUUCUCAAAUACCCUCAGAGGUAUCUUCUCAAGUUGUAGACCUGAAGACCCAGCCUUGUAGUCAGACUGUGCCUAUGAUUGUUGUACAAGACUAUGAAGUGGAGAAAAGUAGUCCAGAACCACAAAUGCACCCCUGUAUGCAAGUGAAAGACUCUCAGUCCAUUAAAGUUAAGUCACAGAAAGUCCAUGCUCAAACAAAAAUCGACAUAGAGCAUCAUGUAGAAAGCCAGAUAUCUUUACCACAACCUGUGACACAACAACAGACAGAAAACCAGGGGCAGGUGCAAGGUCCAGUAGCUAGCCAACCCUCACAGAACCUACAACAAGCAGAAUCACAAGUACAUAAUGAACAACAAUUAGCAACACAGCCAUAUGUGCACAUACAGCAACAAGAGAAAACUCAGCUUGCAAAACAGCAGAAGGUUCAACCACAAGUACCAAUCCAGUCAGAGCCUCAGGGCCAACUAGAAACACAAACACAGCAAGCUCCAAAGCAGCAGAGGAAAGUUAAGAAGUCCCAGGCACAUCUGCAGAACAGACCUUGGCUUCAGCAGAAGAGUCAAUUGGAAAAUGUUACCCAAAAACCAGCACCACAGUUGGUGCCGCAAUCUCAGUCAGAGCCUGAGGACAAAUGCCAAUUAAGUUCUCAAACACCACCACAGAAGAUAGUGACUGUUAGCUCACCUAGCUCAAAAAGCAUUGUUGAGAGUGAUGAGAAAGACCUGAAGCCAGCUCAGCCUAUUGCACAAGAGAAACCUCUUGUAGUAACACGAAAACUACCUCAAACUUUGCCAGCAGUUCCAGCACAAUCAACGACUCAAAAACAAACACUACAGACAGUGACUGUUCCGAUUCAUAAACAAGUAUUAACCCAACCUCAGCCCUCUUUAUCAACUCAAGCUCAAACAACUACACAACAACUACAAGCUACUGCACCCAUUAAGCAACAAAAGCAACCUCAAGUGAUGAUCCAGAAACAGGCUCAAUCUCAAUCCAUGACACCCAUGCAACCACAGGUUAUGGCCCAAUGGCAGCCACAACAGACUAUUGCUAAAACUCAUCCUGCAGUGCCACAACCACAAAGAUUUUCAGUGGCCCAAACAAUGCCUCAAGGCACUUCCGGACCAGCCCAACAGUACCAAGCAUCACCCAUUCAACCACAAAUAAUAUUGCAGAGACAACAGUCACCACAUGGUGUAGUGCAGGCUCAGUCCCAGCAACCCACAAUGUACAAUCCGACUGUAAUUUCCCCUCAACCUAAAGGUGCAUCCCCCAUAAAACCCAGAAUCAUCUCUAUGCCUCGACCCCAGAUGCCUGUUCAAUCUCAAACCCAAACUCAGGUCAAAGCACAGGGAAGUGCACCACUUAUGAUUCAACCUCAGGGGCAACCCCAGUGGUAUCAACCAGGAGACGUCACCCAAACAUACCCCAAAGUCCAAGGACCAAUUUCUGUUGCUGCCCAGAUGCAGUCACUGGCCCAUUUCCAAACUCAUCCCCAACCUCAAAGUAUCCCUCCAGCUCAACCUCAGCAGUGGUCACCAAUAAGACCAGGCAUAGUGGCCCAGACCUACCCCACUGUCCAAGUUCCAGGUCAGGUAGUCCACCCUCAGUCUCAAAUGGCAGUUUACCCUAAAAACCAACCGCAAUCACAGCCUCAACAGUGGCCCUCUGCUAGACCUGAAUCACCUUGGUGUCAAUCACAGAUGAGACCCCAAGGUCCAGCCCAGCAUAUGGUUUCCUCACAGCACUGGAGGCCUGUCAGUCCAGUAUACCCCGGGUCUGAAACCCAAGGGACCAUAGGACCACAUUCUCAGUCCCAAUAUCAAGCCCCACCAAGGCAGCCAAGCCCUCAAUGGCAGUGGGGUCCAGUCCGGCCAGAACAUCAGUUUCAAGUCUCUUCCCAGACUACGUUCCAUGGUGGUCCCCCGCCAGUAGCUCCAUGGAAUCAACCACCUGCUCAAGCUCCUAUAAGACCUCAGAUUCCACAACAGCCUCAGCAAAGUCAGCAAAAGUGGAGUUCAUCCAGGCCAGAGGCCCCAUCUGAAACCCUUAUCCAAAGCCAAGCUCCCCAGGCAGAGCUUCAGUCCCAAGAUCUGAUGCCCCAACAGCAGUCAGCUCCUCGGGUUAAGCAGUCAGCUCUUGCCCAGGCACCCCCUCAAGCCUACACUGAGGCUUAUAUAAAGGCACAGGCCCUGGUUAGAAAUAGAUUUGAGGAAGCCAAGCACUGUCUUCAAGAGCAUAUUAUAGAAGCAAUCAGUGUAUUCAAGGACAAGCGAAUGACGAACGAACAGGCAUCAGUUAAGGAGGAGACGCUUCGGACUCUGGACCCUGAACUUCUUGAAGAGUUCUUGAGAGCUGCAGAAGGGAUGGAAGCUUUCUGCACCCCAUCUGAAAUAAGAGACAUGGAGUUUUUCACACAAUCCGUUAGAACACAGUGGAAGGCUGUUCGAGUGCAAAUAUCAGAAUUUUUGAAGCAACUCCGAUUUGAGCUAACCCGCCUGCAUUUUAACCGUGUGGUGGAGACAUGUGAGAUAAACUUUAAGAGGGAAAAACUCAACCUUAGGCCUGAAUCAAUAUCAGAAUCAAAAGAAGAGGCUUGUUUGUCUGAGGAGGACAGUCUGGCAGAGGCAGGACAGCAGCUAGAAGCUCUGAAGGAGUUGUGUGAUACUUUGAGCCCUGAGGACGCACACAGGCUCGCACAAGCCCAACUCGGAGAAUGUGAAAGACAGCUUGCUGCCAUCCAGCGGCAGUUCAGUGGAGACAGAGAUACAUCUCCACCAAACACUGGUUUACAAACAGAGCAAACAAAAGAGCCACUCACUCAGAAAGCACCAACAGUCCCACCACCACCUGAGAAGCCCAAACAGGUUAUUGUUUCAGAGGCUGUUACACCUGUUAGCCCCCAGCAAACGAAAUCUGUGGAGAAGAGAGAGAUAGUGAAACAAACGAGUACAGAAGACGACAGGUACCGCAGCUCCAGAUUUGCAUUACAGGCUCAGUUAAACAGAAAUGAGCAAUGCAUGCUUGGAGAUCGUACCUCAGAAUCAGUCACUCCCACAGACCUGCAGAAACGACUGAGAGAAUUAAAGUCUCUGUGGGAUGAGACUGAGUCUCUGUGGAAGGAGUAUGAAGCGCUGUGUAUGCAAUGUGUUCAGUACAAUGAACGAGCUGUUGAGCAAGACCGCAUGGAGCUCACUGUCCGGUGGAGAGAGCAGAGGUCACAGUUACAGGGCAGGGUGGAUUCACUGGGAGCAGCACUUGAGCUCAUGGACUCUAUUAAGCUGAAGAUCUCUGAGAUUUCUGAAAGGCUGGACAGUUUCAUCAAAGAGCCCAAAGACAUUAAGGGAUAUAUACUAGCUAACCCUGCCAUUUUGAGAGAUGUGAAGGACUUAGAUGAAAGUAUCCAGACAGAGAUGGACCGUCUGUCUCGAUUCGACUCUGAGCCCAGUCAUCUAGACCUGCGGGACCGAUCACCUCUGACCCAGGUGGUUCUGAACCACAGAUCCAGCCUGGACCGGCUCAGGCAACAAGUGCGCAAGAGUGACGCUGCUGCCCGUGCUCUCGACCGCUUCCUCAUGUCCCUUCGCACUGUGGAGCUUGAUGUCUCUUCUGUGCAAAGUGCCCCCAGCAAUGAUGCAGUGGUCCUGCAGGACAGCAGGUCCAAGCUGGCACUAAUCAGAAAGGGAGUCAGCAGCCUUAAGGAUAAGGCUCCACAGCUGGACCAGCUUUUAGGUGGAGCACAGCUUGAAGUGACACAGGAUGGGAGACCUGUUUCCUGUUUGGACAUGGUGGGGGUACUGGUUCACAGGGUGGAAGAGGCAGAUGAUCGACUGAUGAUUCGACAGAAUGAGCUCCAGAAGGAACAGCAGAACCAGAGCCACGGUCUGAGGGGGAAGACUAUGCAGGCUGAGUUGAGGAAGGUGCAGGUGGCAGCAGAAAAACAGGGUCUAAAAGAUCCCACCAUGCCAGCUGUGCAACACCGGAUGCGAGCUCUGUCCGAUCUCGAAUCACAACUGAACUCUCUUCGCCCCGAAUACCAAAGCAUCAAGAAGGCUCUGUCUGAAGUCUCUCAACAGAAAGAGCACCCUGAUCCAGCAAAUGAGGAACUUGAAUUUCUUUGGGAAGAGACUGAAAGAGCUGUAUCUGACAGACAAGAGCAGUGCACUGUUCUUACGGAACUGCUGAAGAAAUUUCAGAGCUGUUGCAGUUACCUGGGCAAUACUCUCCAGAGGGCGGAGCAAACCAUCAAUGAGCAAGCUUCAUACAUGGGCAAAGACAACCUACAAAGACUCCUUGCAAAAGUCGUUGGCAUAAAGGAGGAUCUUAAAAGCCUUGGACCCAAGAUGGAGGAGUUCAGAUCUGUGUGCAGACAGUUGCAGUCCCAGCUGAAGAAAAUUCCUGAUUGCUCGAUAACUCCAUUUGAGAUGGAGGCAGAUGCUUUGGUGGACUCAUGGCUGGAUGUGUCAGAGAAGACAGAUAGUUACAUGGAUAACCUGCGUGUGGGUCUGGAGUUGUGGGAGAAACAGCUGGUUCUGGGUGGAGAGGUGGACAGCUGGACCUCUACUAAACUCAUUAUCUUUUCAGAGUCUCACCCUUUCAGCAGUGAGACGGAGGUUGCCAGCAUGAAGAAUGAGAUUCAGUCUCAGGAGGACAACCUUGAACACUUCCAUAGGAAGUUACUAGAGAUCCAGGAACUGCUGCAGAGCAAAGAAUCUCCUCUUGAAUUACAGGUAAUGGAAACAAACCUGAGGAAAAAAAUGGAGCAGGUGAAGGAACUCUUCUCCGAUUGCACUGAAGUGUUCCAGGAGCUCCUUACAGUUAAAGCUCAUCUGAUAGAAAAGAUUGACACCUAUCAAUCAUCUGUGAAGAAUAUACACUCCUCAGUAGAUAUGACCAGUUCAGAGGAUCGCGCAGAACUGGAUGCACAUUUACAGGACUUGUGUGAGCAGCUUUUGGACCAGGAGGGGCAGGCUGAAUCUUUGCUGAAGGAAAUCAAUCUCAUGUCCAGCAUAACUGGAUCACAGGCCUUGGAGGAGCUGACCAAUCGUAGUAAGCACCUCAAAGACAGCAUUGCGGAAACACGGGAGCUGAUUCGUCAGAAGAAGGAACAAGGGGAGAAAAGCUUCCUUAAGACUAUUAAAGAAGAGUUUCAGUCAUUUGAAGAAUGGUUGCAGGAUGAGCAGUUCACUGUGAAUGAGUGCUUUGAGAACCCUGAGAGAAAGCAGGAUGUAGAAACAUCUAUGCAGAGACUGACACGUUUCCUGGCCUCUAAAGAAGGAGAACAGCGUCUGGCUCAGUUGAAGGAGAGGUUUGAGCGAGGUGGACAGGCAAAGCUCCCUAUUGAGGCUCAAGCUUUGCUCUCUACAUGGCAUCAGGAACAGGAAGGAGAACUGGCCACACUCAGGGCUCACUGCCAGGGACGCCAUAAACAGCUAGAUGACAUCCUCCACAACCUCAACAGUUUGCAAGAGGAACAUAACCAUUUGAAGGACUGGCUGCAGCAGAGAGCGCAAGUGCCAGAACAGAGAGAAAAACUAAGGCAAAUCCAAGAGGAUUUUCUUAAAGAAAGUGGUCGUGUGGAGGCAUUCAAUGACCUGUUAUCUGCUGUAAAGAUGCGUGGCCUGAGGGGAGAUCCUCUCCUUAGAGCCCCCGAGACCCUGAUAGACCGAUACCACAGCCUGGGGAUUCUUUUGGAGAAACAAGUCCAAGUCCACAAGAUCCUUGAUGAUCAAAUUGAAACAUUCCAAACCAAUGCAGAACAGAUCAGAGCCUGGAUCAGAAAUGUAAAGCAAGGACUUGAGUACUUGGGGACAGACACACCAAUGCAGGAAAAACACAUAAAUACUCAGGCUGUUCUUAAUCUUAGUCCUGAGGGUGAGGCUAAACUUGUGGCUUUAAAAGAAGAGUGUGAUGCUUUAUGUGUUUAUGAGAUUUUGGAGGAGACCAGAAGACAGGAGUUCAUUCACACCCUUGGAAACAUUGAAGAUGAGUGGAAAAGAGUUCUGAAUAUGGCUCAACAACUAAAACAUCAGGCAGAACUCCAAGACACUCUCAGUAUGGAACUAGAAGAUCUACAGGCCCAGGAAGAGAGCAUCCAAUCCUGGGUGAGAGAACAACUGCAAAUGCUGCACUCUUUGGGGAAGGAGCUUCAGCCACAUGAAAAACUUAACAAAGUACAGGCUGUCAUAGAUCUUGGUGAUGAAGCCGAUUCCAGAUUGGCCAGUUUACAGAGACAAGGACAACAUUUAUGUUCUUAUAAAAAGCUUGAGAAUGAGAGGAGGAGCCACAUUGACCAAACCCAGAGAGCAGUAGAAGAGGAGUGGAGGACAGUGCUACAACUUGCACAGGAGCUCAAGAACCAGGUCAAGCAUGAGGAAUCUCUCUACAGAGAGUUACAAACUUUCUGUGAUCAGGGAGAGGACACUCGAUCCUGGAUUAGACAUCUCAGAGGGACCCUGGAUUCCCUUCAUGUGACAUCUUCCAUUCAAGACAGGCUUAUUGGAGUUGAGGCACUACUAACUCAUAGAUCUGAGGGGGACUAUAAACUUUCUGACCUAAAGACAAAGGGAGAGAAUCUAUGUUCCUGUGAAGAUCUAGAGGAGGACAAAUGUCAGACAAUCCAACAUACAUUACAAAAUGUACAGCAAGAGUGGAUGGGAGUUUUGAUGCAGGCUCAGGAACUGAAGAACCAAUCAGAACUUGAGGAUUCUCUUUCUAAGGACCUUCAGGAUCUUCAAGAAGAGGAGGAGAACACUCAAUCUUGGCUCAAACAGCAGCAUCUGAAAAUUGAAUUGCUAGGUCAAGAGACUCAGUUACAAGAGAGAAUGCAUGGAGCUCAGGCCAUCCUGAACUCAGAACCAGAGGGGGGUUACAAGCUAGCCAACCUGAGGAGGAAAGCAGAGGGUUUGUGUUCUCGAGAAGGCCUGGAGGAGAAAAGAAACCUGGAAAUCCAGCUGAACCUGAGAUCCAUUGAAGAACAAUGGAAGAAGGUCCUGGCAAGUGCUCAAGAACUAAAGAACCAGGCGGAGCUCCAGGAUUCUCUUGCGAGGGAGCUUCAGAAUGUCUGUACCCAGGAGGAGAGCACCUGGACCUGGGUGAAGAACCAGAAAGUUGGCCUGGACUUACUGGGGGAAAGCACUCAUGGAACACUGGAGCAGACUGAUGAGAGACUAAGCAAAGCACAAGCAAUUCUAAGUCUGCACUCUGAGGGCAACUCUAAGAUUGCAGCCCUGAAAUGGACAGUAGAUUGUCUUUUUAGCCGUGAAGAUCUUGAUGCAGAUGCAAGACAUUCUCUCAUUAAGAAGAUGAAAAAUGUAGAGGAGGAGUGGAAGAUAACACUGCAGCAAGCACAGGAGCUGCAUAGUCUGCUGAAAAGUGUAAGGGAACGUCUGGUGUCCUGUCAGUGUCAGAAGGACCAGCUUCAGUCUCGUCUGGAGCAGGUGAAACAGCAGACUGCUGCACUGCCACGGCACUUCCCCUGGCCUGGUUUAGGGGAUCGAAGGCACACAUUGGAGCAAGCCAAGAGUCUGCUAGAUCGUACCAGAGCCCUGACCCCAUCGCUGUCUGCUGUCCGAGCACUUGGGAGGGAGAUGAGCCAGCUGACCCGUGAUUCCAGCUGGAUUGAUCCAUCCUGGUCCACCAUAGAGGAGUGCAUACCUGAGUUAAUCAAAGAUCUUACGGAGCUUUGUGUAAAUCUCGAAGAGGAAAUCCGGAGAGAGCGAGUUUGUGCUCAGUUAGUUGAGCAGCACACUGUAGCACAGGAUUGGCUGAGUGAGCAAGUCAAAGGUUUCGGUGCUCUGCCCACUGAACAUCAUGGGUUACAAAGCUCUAUCAACACUCUUAAGGCUCUUCUUCAGACCAUAGACAGGGAGAAGAGAGAAAUGAAAGAUCUGGUUGCCGUUAAAGAUUCCCUGAUGGAUAUUUGCACUCCAGGAGGUUGUAAUGCCCUGACCGUAGAGGUCAGCCAUCUUCAUAACCUCUGUGAGUCCUCUGAGAAAGAGAUGAGGGAACGGUUAGCUGUGUGUGAGGCCAGACUGAGUGAUAUUGACCUCAGGCUUGCUGGCAGAGCACAGAUUCUCAGAGAGCAAGCAGAGAGUCUUCUGAAUGAGCUGCGUGCUCAGGACCACUCUUUAGGAUUUCUGGUGGGUAGCCAGAAUGUCAGCCAGCUACAGGAGAACUGGCAUAGCUUCAAGACAUUUGAGAGAGACCUUGAGUCUUUAGAGGGCAACGUUUGUGAGCUUGGCCAGGCCCUCCGAAUGGUCCCACCAGAAGAGGAGCCCCCUAGUGAUGUCCUUUCUAUCGUGGACACAGUUACACAACAAUAUUGCCAUCUGCGGUCGAAACUGUCAGAAAAGCAGAAUGACUGUGCAGACAGCACUGUGCAGUGUGUGAGACAGGCCUUACAAAACAUACAGUCAUGGAACCUGACACAUGCAAAUCCUCCCUGCAGCUCAGCCACAUCCAUGCAGGCUGCAAUUGAGGAAGGUGUGAGACUGUGUAAAAGCCUGCAGGUGGCGCUGUCCCAUAAAGAACUGUUGAGGGAAUGUCUGGGCCCUGACUUGGCUGGCAAACUUGAAAGAGACGGAACGAAAGCAUUAAACGAAGCAGACACUCACAUGAAUGACCUUAAACAGGAGCUCAAGAAUCUGGAGGAGAAGGUGAAGCAGGAAGUUCAGCGGUUGUCACUGGAAACUCAAAGCAUUCAGGUGGAUUCGCAGGUUUCUGCUGUGACACCAUCAGCAAAGGAGUCUGAACAGUCGGAAUUUGUUUCUUCUUCAUCGUUUAUCAUGGAGAGCUUUGAAAUGACAGAUGACAGUGAACAAGCUAAGGUACAGCCAUCUGAAUACCUUGACAGCAAGAUCCCUCCAUGUGUAAUCUCAGAAUCUUCAACUGAAACAGAAAUUCACGCUGCAAGAAAAUCACUACCAAUAUUAAAGAUUGACACUGAACAGACUGAAGUCAAAACAACUGUUCCGUUAACCACAGAGAUGCUACCUGAACCAGCAGCAAGAGUAUAUGAAUCUGCUGUUCCUACAAGCAGCCAUGGUGCAAAUGAACUAACAGGAGUUCUAGCCAGCACAAACAGACCUUUAGAAGCAUCAGAACAAUCUAAACCGGUUGAAGCAAACCAAAACCUACCAACAAGCGAAGUUGGAGAAGUCAUGCACGUCAAUAUAGAAGAAGAGACAAAGAAGACCCCAUCAGAUGAUAAAACACAGUUAAUUGAAACUGAUCCUAAACUUAAACCUCCAGUCAAGCAACAAAAUGAGGUAGAAACUGAGGUCCAAACAAACAAAGUGCAUGUCUCAAUAACAGUAGAGGAAAAACCUGAAGGUGAAGAAGCCAUUGGCGUCAUUUUGGGAGAAGAGACAAAGACCCAAACAGGUGGUAAAGCACAAUUCAAAGAAAUUGAACCUAAACUGGCACCUCCAAUCAAGCUCCUGAUUGACUGGGACACUGAGGUACAACCCCAAAAAAGUAAUGUCUCACUAACACCAGAAGAGAAACCUGAAGUUAUUAAGGCCACAGAUGUUAUUGUAGAAGAAGAGAUGGGCAAGACCCCAUCAGGUGAAAAAGCACAAUUCAAGGAAUCUGAACCUAAAAUAACUCCACCAGUCAGGCAAAGAAAUGAGAGUAAAACUGACGCCCAGCCAAACAAGAUAAAUGUCUUAACACAAAAGGAGAAAGCUGAAGGUAAAAAGGCCAUGGAUAUCAUUGUAGAAGAGGAGACAAAUACAACAUCAUCAGAUGAUAAAGCACAAUCCAUAGAGGCUGAACCUGAACUGACACCUUCAAUCAAGCAAAGGAAUGACCACAAAACUGAUGUCCAGUCAGAAAAGGUGGAUGUAUCACCAGAGGAGAAAACUGAAUGUGAAGAAGCAUUGUAUGUCAUUAAGGAAUGGAAUGACUGGGACACUGAGUGUCAAUCUGAAAGUAUUAAUGUCUCACUGACACCAGAGGAAAAACAUGAAGUUGGAGCCACUGCAGAUGUCAUUGUAGAAGAAGAGACAAACAAGACCCCAUCAGAUGAAAAAGCACAUUCUAUAGAAGCUGAAACUAAACCAACACCACCAGUCAGGCAAAGAAACGAAAAGAAAAUUGCUGUCCAAUCAAACAAAGUGAAUAUUUCAACAACGUCAGAGAAGAAACCUGAAGAUGAGAUAAAGAUGACUCUAUCAGAUGAUAAAACACAAUCCCUAGAAGGGGAACCUAUACUGACACCACCAGUCAGGCAACAAAAUGAAGGUGAAACCGAUGUCCAAUCAAACAAGGUAAGAAUGUCAACAACAUCAGAGAAGAAAUCUGGGGACACCAUGCAUAUCCCUGAGGAGGAAGUGACAAAAACGACAUUGGUUAAUAAAGGGGAAUCCAUAGAAGCUGAGCCUAAACCAACACCACCAGUCAGAAGACAAAAUGAGGGUGAAACCGAGGUCCAGUUAGACAAGGUGGAUGUCACACCAACACCUCCCACCAGACGAUGUAAAGGUGAUAGGUUAUUUUUAAAUAUUGAAUCACAGAUAGAGGGAGAAGUUCUUCCCACCCCACCAAGCAGAAGACGUAGAGAGAAAAUGGGAAGUGAGAGGUUUUCACUUGAUUUAGAGUCCCAACCCACACCACCAGCAAGACGACGUAAAGAAAAAGAAGAUAGUAGAUUAUCGCUUGAUCUAGAGACCCAACCCACACCACCAGCAAGACGACGUAAAGAAAAAGAAGAUGGUAGGUUAUCGCUCGAUCUGGAGACCCAACCCACACCACCAGCAAGACGACGUAAAGAAAAAGAAGAUAGUAAAUUAUCACUCAAUCUGGAGACCCAACCCACACCACCAGCAAGACGACGUAAAGAAAAAGAAGAUGGUAGAUUAUCGCUCGAUCUGGAGACCCAACCCACACCACCAGCAAGACAAUGUAAAGAAAAAGAAGAUAGUAGAUUAUCGCUCGAUCUGGAGACCCAACCCACACCACCAGCAAGACGACGUAAAGAAAAAGAAGAUAGAAGAUUAUCGCUCAAUCUGGAGACCCAACCCACGCCACCAGCAAGACGACGUAAAGAAAAAGAAGAUAGAAGAUUAUCGCUCGAUCUGGAGACCCAACCCACACCACCAGCAAGACGACAUAAAGAAAAAGAAGAUAGAAGAUUAUCGCUCGAUCUGGAGACCCAACCCACACCACCAGCAAGACGACAUAAAGAAAAAGAAGAUAGAAGAUUAUCGCUCGAUCUGGAGACCCAACCCACACCACCAGCAAGACGACAUAAAGAAAAAGAAGAUAGAAGAUUAUCGCUCGAUCUGGAGACCCAACCCACACCACCAGCAAGACGACAUAAAGAAAAAGGUGAAGAUAAAGGAUUAUCAGUUGAUCUGGCGCCUCAACCAACUCCACCAUCAGGAAGAUGCGAGGAUAAGCCAGAGAGUGACACAUUAUUUUACAGUGCUGAAUUAGGAAAAAGUGAUAAUCAGCAAACUGUUGAACAUAAACAUGUGGAAGAGCACACUGUUAAACCAGCUCCACCUGUCAGAUGCAAAAUUAGUCGGGUAGAAAGGGAUGUGGCAGUUUGCAAAAACCAAGAAGAGAAAGAGACCUUUGUGAAACCCACACCACCAACAAGAAGUAAAGAUAGAGAUGGUAGAUUAUCGCUCGAUCUGGAGACCCAACCCACACCACCAGCAAGACGACAUAAAGAAAAAGGUGAAGAUAAAGGAUUAUCAGUUGAUCUGGCGCCUCAACCAACUCCACCAUCAGGAAGAUGCGAGGAUAAGCCAGAGAGUGACACAUUAUUUUACAGUGCUGAAUUAGGAAAAAGUGAUAAUCAGCAAACUGUUGAACAUAAACAUGUGGAAGAGCACACUGUUAAACCAGCUCCACCUGUCAGACGCAAAAUUAGUCGGGUAGAAAGUGAUGUGGCAGUUUGCAAAAACCAAGAAGAGAAAGAGACCUUUGUGAAACCCACACCACCAACAAGAAGGAAAGAUAGCAAAGUUGAAAAAGAAAUCGUCACAGGUGCUUCUAAUCUAAAAGAAGAUAUGAGCAUAUAUAACCCAACUCCACCUCUGAGGCAAAAAGACAGCCGAGUGGAAACUGAGAUGGUUUCAACCACUCCUGAAAGUCAACCUGAGGAAACCCUACCAACUCCACCAACCAGUCGAAAGAAAGAUCAAAUAGAAGCUGACGGAGCUCCAUUAGCGCCAGAAGUGCCACAGGUCAUACCAACUCCAAAAACCAGCGACAAAGAAAGUUCAGACAAUGAAAAUGUUUCUGUGUUUGUAAGACUGGAAGUGAAAGCUGAUUUUGAAGCAAUAACUAAACAGGAAGAUAAAAAGGAGUAUGAUACAAAGUCAUUGGUUGGUCAGGAGCAUCAAGAGGAGGGGCAGGACUCCGAUACCUUGGUCCCAGAACCCAUAAGUGUAAUCAAUCAAACAGAGAACAUCAGUGAGAUGCAGCCACAAGAUCAAGAUGUGGAUGUUUCUCCCCAAGUUGGUCUCAUGCCUGAAAACACUGAGAGUCCACCAGAGGAAGAGGGGGAGCCAGAGGGACCCACAAUGAAGGAUAUCUUCAUGGAGAUAAAAAAAAUGACUGAAAAGGGACCAAAAAGUGUGCUCAUGGAGGGUAUACCACAUGAAAGUACCAAGAAACUUCUUGACACUUCCAGCACUGAUCUUGAAGCUCGGUUAAAAAGGCUAGUGUUCCAUUUACUGGACCUCCGAACUUGCCCAGCUGCUCUGAACUCCACAGACAUGGCCAAACAACUAGAGGAGGCUGAGGAAUGUAGAAGGUGUGCCCAGAGACAGGUAUCUAUGCUGUCUAGGCAAGACCAGGCUAAUGGAGACAUUGGCAGUGGCACUAAUGGCACAGUUCAUGACCCCGAGGGGAUGCAACAGCUGAGUGCCCAGUGGAGUGCAGCUUUGUGGGAUGCAGCAAGCUCGGUUCACUCCAAGGAAGCUCAACUACAGAUGGUUGCAGAUUUUGACAGACAGACCCAGAAAGUCAAAGCUAUUCUGGAGAAACUCAAAAUUGAGAGUGCUGCACUGAGAUCCUCUCCAGCCGUGAGCAGUUUUGCCGAGGAGGAAAGGCUACGCUCUUUCUUGAGAAACAUGGAGCAGGAAAGGACAGCUCUCGGUGAGUUAAUUCAGACUCAUGCAAAACUGUCCUCCCACCUCAGUGUGCCUCAGAGACAGGCAGCUGAAAUACAGCAAAACAACUUGCAAAGCCAGUGGAGGGUGCUGGAGAAGGAUGCAGAAAUUGCUCUUUAUAAGGUCAAUGCUUAUGCUAAAGAAAGGGGCAGCCUUAUUCAAGAUGUCAGUGCCUUAAAAGACCAUACCGAGAAUAUUCAGAAGACCUUGGAUGCAUCAAAAACCGCAGUUUUAUGGGAUGGCAAGAAAGCUCAAGAAAUUAUGACUUUAAAUGCUAAUCUCACUUUCACCCAUCAGCUGUACCUCUACCUUCAGCAGACCUCUGAGGCACUUGCCCAGGAAUUCCAAUUCAAGGCAGAGACAUCCAGCAUAGAGCAGGAUCUUCAGCAUAUAAAAGAUCAGCAGGAUCAAAUGGGCGAAACGUUAGCAGCUGCAACCCCUAGCAGCAGCAACCCAACAUUAAGUAAAAUUGUAAAGGUGAUAACAGAUGCUCUGGCUUGGGCCAAGCAGACAGAAUGUGAUGUCAAAGGACGACAGAAAAAGCUGUCUUUGCUUCCAGAAGAAGUCCAUCGACAGAUUAAAGAUUUAAAGAAAUCGCAGUCUGAGAUGAGCUCCAAGCAAACCCAGUUGAAGGCUUUGGUUGAGGAAGUCACUGAGCUGAUUUGUGACCUAGAUGAGGCUGAUGUUUCGAUGGUGACCUCAUCCUUGAAUGUCCUAGAGAAUUUGUCCAAAUCAACAGCAGGAAAACUGGCUGAGGCAGUUCGCAAGAUGGAGUCAGGUCUUCAGACCCGGGAGAAGAUGUCAGAGCAGAUAGCAGAUAUUGAUUCCUGGGUGGCUGGACAUCUGCAGAGGGAAGCUUUGAGAAGAGAGGAUUAUCAAAGUUUGAGUGUGGCAGACCUGGAUCGCAGGUUGAGGCAGAUCCAGGACACUCUUGGAGAGGCAGAAAAGCAGUCCGCUGUCACUGAAGCCCUUCUGAUGAAAAGCAGAGACAUUGCAUCAGAGCUAAGUGUCUCAGAAAAUACUCAACUCUAUGAGAAACUCACCAGCCUUCAAGAGAACAUCAAGAGAAUUGUUCUCUAUGAGAAAGCAUGUUGCCAAAAAGUUAUGGAUGUCAUACAGAGCCAAGAAUCCUCUCAGAGGAAGGUAUCAUCUCUUGAGAACAGCCUGAGACAAAUGUUAGCUGAUGUAAAAAGACACAGGUUUCCUGUUACCAAGGAUAUCCUCUCUAUUAUUGAACCCUUCAAACAGAUAAUUGUGGAGCGCAAAUCUCAGAUUGAGCAAGUCGGUCUCUGUUCAGAGGACAAGAGAAGAGAGCUGUUAUGUGUUAUUACUGAACUGUACCACAAAAUGAUUGAUUUGGAUCUCAAAUCACAAGCUCAUGAAAGGUACUUGAGCUUCAGUCGGUGCAUUGAAGAUGUCAAGGAGGAAAUGGAGGCUCAGAUCCCAAGGACCAAAGAUGAGAGCAUCAACAAAGAGGAACGCUACAGAGCCUGUCAGGCCCUACUGAUCCAAAUCUCUUUAAUAAAACUCUUGUUUGAGGAAACAGUGGAUGAACUGCAGGAAAUCGUAGCAGAUCUAUAUCCGUCUCAGCUCUCUACUGAACAAGCAAGAUUAAAACAAAUCCUGGAAAGUCUCAAAACCUCAGAAUUGGCAGUGAGCAAUAAUCUUCAGAUAUUGGAAUGGGAUCUGCUAAAACAAAUUCAUUAUCCAUCAGAAAAAAGAGUACUUAAGCAAUUUCUCAAAGACACUAAUGAGGAGUUGGAAAAGCCUUGUAGUAUUGAACCAAAAGAGGCGGAGAUUGAAAAACAACUAAGAACGUUCCUUGUACUCAGAAAGAAUGUAGAAUCUAGAAUGCGAGUGCUUGAGUUUCUUGAAAAAAAGAUUGGAGCUCACCCUCCACAGGACUCCAAACAGCUUACUUGCUUGAAGCAUAUGGUUUUGGAAAAGUGUGAUCAACGAAUGGUGAGCCUAACUAAAGCUAAAGAACUGUUGAAUAAUUACACCAAAGCAGUGAUUGAUACCAUUCGGUUCCUCCAAAGAGCUGCAUUGGUCCUCCUUCCCUCAGUCUGCUCUGCUAGAAGCUGCUCAGAAAGACUCAAAGACACACAGCACACUUUACUGACCCUAGACACAGAGAUCCAAUCACGUGUUUCACAGCUUCAAGCUCAAACCCCACAGCAUCCCUGCUUCAAGCCACAGAAGAUUGAAUUUCUGCACACGCAGGUUCUAGGCGAGCUCCUGGUCAGGCUUUCAACCCUCAAGGCCCAGGCUCAAAUUCAUGUAGAAUCUUUGAAGAGGUGUGUUGAGUGGCAGAAACAUUCUCGUAAAUGCUACGAGGAGCUUUGCCAGCAAGUGAGAGACUUAGAAACAUUGCUAUCACAGUGUGCUUCCAAAAAAAUUACUUCACACAAAGACUGCAAAGACCAGCAACAGAAACUCAAGGCUCUAGUGGAAGAGGUUGCCAUGCUUCCUGGAAAACUGGAGAAUCUGAGAGAGUGGUGUUCACUGUAUGGGUGCAGAGCCAACAGGGAGGAUGCCGUGAGCGCAAUCUGGGGUCAGGUGGCAAGAUUGCAGCGCUGUGCCAAUGAUCUGCAGACACGCUCAGAACAAUUGGAAGCAGAGUGGAGCAGUGUCACGAGGAGUGUGGAGCAGGCAGCCACUGUGUUGGAGCAAAUGGAUGCAGAACUUCCAGAUAGCAGCAGAGAGAAUCUGACUGGUGAUGAGCUGCAGGAACUGCUGCUCUUCUGGUCCCAGUACCAGGACAGGCUGGACUGUGAACAAAGAGCUCUCUCCGCUUUGGAAUUAAGAGCUGCAAGGUUGCUUGGCAUUCCCCCGGACCUGGAACAGGCCCCGCCCAUUGAGCUGUGCCAAGAGCUUCAAGCCUGGCAAGAACGUUACCAUAGUCUAAAGGAACGUAGCUCUCAGGGUCUGAGGGCAGUAAGAACAGAGGUGGAAGAGAGGGAACGAGUGCAGGAGCAGCUGGAAAGAGUCAGAGAAUGGCUGGAAUCUGCCGUCUCUCUCCUCGCUGUACUGGAGCACGAGCCCAGCAAGAAAGAACUACAGAUGGUUCUGGAUGAUUCUGCUCAGAUGAGACGUGCUCUGCAGGGUUUCGGCAGUGUGCUGACAGAGAUGGGAAGUGUUUUUGAUGUCAGUCCAUUAGAGGAGCAGCUCUCAAAUGCUGAUCGACGUGUGGCAGACAUGCAGCACAGCCUACUGGGACCUCUCUCUCAGCUGGAGCAUGCAGCAGCAGAAGUGGAUGCGAUCGAGUCAGAGGUGAAGGUCAUGGAGAAAGAUGUGGCCAAAAUCAAAUCUACUUUGACCACCAAAGAAGACAUCAGUCGGGACUGUCUAAAGUUAACAGAAGACAGGAUUGACCUGAUGAAAAGGACAGUUGCUGAGAUUCAGAACUGUAAGGAUGGUCUGUGUCUACCUGACAAAGCUGAAAACACACUCCUAGUGUUCAAAAAAGCAGAACUACUACAGAAACAACUUCUGGAACUUGAACAGGUAGACAUAUGCAGUAUAUGCACACAAAAGUAUACAAACACAUUUGAUACUAGACUUAAUCUGUCUUGGGUAACCAAUCAUAUGAUAGACAUUAAUGUUUUUUUUGUGUGUGUGCAGGACUCUGUUUCUGCUGACGUGGUUUCUUCUACAGAACAGAUUUUGGAGAAAGCAGAAGCAACAAACUCAAAGGUAGAAGCAGAUACAUCUGUGGCCUCGGGAGCAGGUGUAUCAGAAGCUUUAUCUGAAACGGAUGCCUCAGUGGAAAGCCAGUCUCUCCCUGCAGACAUGGAGCAGGGUGCAUGGAGGGGGGAACAGACGCCACACACCAAUGACACACUCACACACAUGACACUCGUAGACAACACAAAGAAACAUUCAGAGUCACAAGCCCCACCCACAGAAACAGAGGACAUGUUGACCUCACCUAAUGCCAUGACCUCUGAUGAAGGGCUGGGUGAUCAGAGCCUGAGCUCCACAAACACACUAUCAGACAAACCACCUGAGAAACAUUUAAACACUUUGACACACACUACUCCAUCAAAUGCAGAAGACCAUAGGUUAGAGAGCAGAAGCACACACGACACACACACACCAAUUACAGUCAAACCCUGCCUGGAGAGGACAGAGCCACUGGCUGCAAGUGCAUCUUUGGCCGUAGGUGAAGCCGGGGGCUCAGGUGGACAGUUAUCCAGUGAGGUGCUGCUCUAUGCCUGCCGUGAGAGGGCCGAGCAGCUGGAGGUGUGUCUGGAGAGAGCACAGGUCAGCCUAGAGAGGUCGAGACAGCAAGCACAGGACGCAGCCAUGCAGCACUGCAUUGAACAACAGCUUCACAACUGCCAGACAAUCCUGGUGGAAAUUGAAGGGAAGAUCUCCAGUCUUCCUGUGUGUGGAUUAAAGGAACAGGAGCGACAUGAGGCGGAAUCGCUCAACACCAAACUCCAGCUGCUGAAGAACAGACUGGUUACGGUCCAAUUACAGCUGCAAGAGAGACACGGCGAAGAUCAGGUGCAUGAUGAGCGUCAGCGGGCCAGGAUGAUACGCAGCAGCAGUGUCCAGGAAAUGUUGAGUUCUUCCAAAACCAAACUGUUCAGACAGAGCAGCCUUCAACAACAAAGGGAACUGGAGCAUGGUUUGAAUGAACAGAGGGAUCUAACUAAAGCUAUCGCAAUUCAAGGCAGCAGAGCUCAAGCACACAGCCAGAGUGCAGAAGAACAUGCAGGCCCCUCGCCAGCAAAAGAGAAUGAAGACAAGAGACAGGAAGUAGAGUUAUCAGUCCACAGGAAGUGGACACACCUCUGCAGCAGAUUGGUCAAGACAGCAGAGACCGAGCAAGAUCAAGAUGGAGAUAAAGAUCAGGAUCCAUCUGAGAUCCUCGCUCCAUCUGUCUGUUUGUGGAGUGGAGCUGCUGUUUCUCUCUGUCUGCAGGAGAUUCAAUCCAACAUCUCACAACUUAAAGAACUGCAGAAGUCAGCAGAUACUCAGGAUCAUCAGUCUCUGGAUGAAGGUCUGUUUGAGGUGUUGAGUGGAGUGGAUCUCAAUCUCAGCUCUCUCACACAGACUCUCAUGUAUCAACCAGCAACCUCAAACACUGACAUACUAAACCAACUCCAACAGCUACAGGGUUUAUUUGCAGAGCUGACCUCCUUGGGUGCCAUAUUGACCUCCCAGGGGUCAGAGGUCAUAAAGCUGUUAGGUUCGGGUUCAGCGAUAUCAGAGACCUCCACUUGUUUUGACCUGCUGAUGCAGCGUGUAUGUGACAUUCAAAAGACUCUCGCUGAUAAACAGGAGCAGCUACAGGAACGAAUAAAACACACGACUCCGCUGCAGAAGAGAGUGAAAGACCUGCAUGACUCAGUACUAACUAGCACGUCAAUCCUUCACCCUACAACUAACGGAGAAUCCCACCAUGACCUUCACACACAGCUGCAGGCCAUCACUGGAAGGAAACAGGAAGUGGAGCAGAGCGAGAGAGAGCUGGCAGAACUUAGAGAAGAGACAGAGAGUCGAGAUCAGCCCUCAUCCCUCACACAGCAGAUCAACACACUAGAGGCAGUAUUGGACAGUGUUUGGAGUGAUCUAGAGCAGCGCUGUGGAGUUGUGCAGUGGAGUCUAGAUGAGCGGAAGAUGAGUGAAAAAAUCCUGAAGGGUCUGCAGAUGCUCCUGACUAUUGGAAGAGAGAAACUCACCUACACCUCUCAGCUGGAGCUCAGGAAUCCAGCACAACUACAGACACACCUCAACACACACACGGUGUUUUUCCUGUCUCUGGGUGCCCACCUGAGGAGAUUGCAGCAACUGAGUGUGCGGAUGCCAGACAGCACCUCCUCUGGCUGGGAGACUGAAGUGUCUGAGGUGGAAAGUGAAGUAUCCAGUGUUCUGCAGCAGGCUCAGGCUAUCGGCACAGUGCUGCACUCAGCACUGCAGGUUUGCACUCAGUGGGAUGAAAAUCAUUCCUGGUUAGAAACGCUUCUGCAGAGGCUAGAGACUCAAGUUCCAGUAACACCUCUGCAAGACCAAACUGAGGAGCAGCUCAGCGAGAAUAUUUCUGUCCAUCAUAGUGUGUUGGUGGUUCUGGAGCAGAACAGAGCUCGGAUCAGUCUGGUUCUGGAUGAGGGCUGCAGACAGCAGGAGCAGAUUUCUAGUAGUGAAAUAGGUUUUCCUAUAUACAUAUUGGGUGUGUCUACAGCCAGACUGGAGCAGCGAUUGGCUGCACUUCAGAGGAAGGUGGAGCAAGGGCUACACUCCACUCUCCAUCUUAAGAAGCUUUGGAACAGGUACCAAAGCGAUUCAGAGGCUUUGAAUGAGUGGAUGGGACGAGCCAGAGAAAGCCUCCAUACAUGGAGAGAUCACAUGACCACAGCUGAACAGGAAGUGGACACCCUCUCCCAUUUUCAGCACUUCACAGAGUUUGUGAAGGAGCUAGAGGUGAAAUCGGCCCUAAAGGCAUCAGUGAUCAGUUCUGGAUCUUUGAUCCUGUUGCUCAGUGAAAGAGAGCAGAACAUUGAGACACAGACCUACAAGCCAAGUGAAACUAGCAACUGCACAUCUGUAGAUAUCACCCUCCCUUCAGAAACCAAUGUUUCUUCUAUUCAAAACAUCUCCUCAGAUGAAACUCUUUCUAUAACAGAAAGAUCAGAUGCAAACAUCACAAAUGAAGGUGCUGUCUUUGAGGAACCAACCGCAUCUGCAUUUGAUUUAUCUGUAAAACAAGAGAUGGUUCUGUCACCAGUUCUCCUGACUCUGCAGUCCCAGCUAUCUCAGGUGGAACAAGACUGGGUGGAGAUACAGACACUCAUUCCUGCCACCCAACAGGGACUGCAUCAGAGUGUGGUGGAGAGCCUAGCUCCUGAAGGACUGCUGGCUGAUGUGUGUGGCUGGAUUACCGGUGCUGAGAGCAGGUUACAGGUGGCUGAACGAGAGGAUCACAACACCUGUACUGCUGCAGUGUUCACACACCUGCUCAGAACAUAUCAGGGGAUGAAGAGAGAGAUGGGAUGUCAGCAGAUGUCCGUUGACUUUAUUAAUCAGUGUGAGCUGAAGCAGGUCAGUUUUGACUCUCACACCAGCAGGUACAAACACACUGCAUUUGCUGAAAACCUGGAACACGUCAAUCUGCGCUGGAAAACUCUACGGGCUCACCUGAACACACAGAUCCAACAUGCUGAAGAUCAGGUGAGGAUAUGUGCAGAGCGAGAUAGCAAACUACAAAUCCUGCAGCGCUGGGUCAAAGGUCAAAAACAAUGGAUGCGACUGGCUGAAAGACCCAUCAGUCGCUCAUUUGCUGAGAGGAGCCUGAAGGAUUGUGAAGAGCUGGGGGAAAAGUUGAAGUACAAAUUCGCAGAACUCGCUGAGCUGGGGAAGAGGACACUUACCGCUGAUGAAGAAGACAGUGAUAAAGACUUCCUCUCAAAAGUUCAUAAUCUUUCACAAUCUUUGACUGACCUCUCUCAACAGAGUACAGUCCUUGGGAAUACCCUGAAAGAGCUGUGUAAGGUGUGGGCUCAGUUUGAAAGUGGGAGGAGUCAGGCAAUUGUAAACACAAUGAGGAUCUGCCAAUCACUGGAGUACUGCCACGCCCCUCUGCCCUCCCUCUCUGCCCUCCAGAACAACAUUGAUAAGCUACAGGUCUUAAAAGCAGAGACAAGGGAGAUUGACAGCCAGUGGGAGGAUCUUACCAAGACAACAGCAAUUCUUAUUGGUGGAAUUAGUACAGACUCCACCCAGAUGUUAUUGGAGCACCUAGAAAAAGAAAAAGCAAGGUGGUCAGUGGUGAAGGAAAAGGUAACAAAGGCGUUGCAGAAAUCACACAGUCUUCUGAAAGUGUGGCAGAAAUACUCUGAUGUGAGACGCUCCUGUUCAGAGCAGCUCCAACAUCUCAAAGAGCAGCUCAACACGCAUACCAAAACACCCGCUGACAAUAAACAACUCACACACAGCAUCGCAGAGCUGAAGACUGUAUUACAGAAAUGCUCAGAGACUCUGCAGACUGAUGUGAAUGAAAUACUUGAAGUGUCUAAGGAUCUGAUUGAACAGAUGGAUGAUGAGGAUGCAGUUUUCAUCCGAUCAGAAUGCCGUUUGUUAACACGAGGUUACCUGCAGUUAGAACAAACUCUGAAAGGAAGAAUUGAACACAUGCAGGAGGAUCUUGAGCAAUUUCAAGAAUUUGAAAAGUCAUUCCAGUCCCUCGAAACACAAUUACAGCAGUGGGAAAGCAAGCAAAGGAUGGACAGUAAACUCACAGAUAUAUCUCAGUCGGGUCUGAUGGAGGUCAGUUCUCUCUCUCCUGAUCUGGAUCUACUAAACAAUCUCAGCUACAGGCUGACCCUCAGUGACCCCAUGACACAGAGGCUGCAGCACCUCAACAGGAAGUGGGCACAGGCCUCCGCACAUGCUCAGGAGAAAUGCAGUGAGUUGCAGGCAGCCUCUCUCCUGCAGCAGAGCUUUGAGCAGAGAUGUGAGAGCUGGCUGGCUUUCCUACAGCACAUGGAGGACAGUUUGGCUGUAGAAAUUGCAUCAACUUACCCUGAACUAAGAGAACAACAACGAACACACCAGUGUUUUCAGGCUGAAUUGUCUUUAGGCCAUCAGAUCCUUCACUCUGUGAUCAGUGAAUCUCUCCUCCUGUUGCAGAAGGGAGAUGUGGAGGACAGGAGUGACUUCCUGUUAAAACUGGCACAGCUGAGAGAGCACUGGCAGGGAGCGGUGCAGAGAGCAGAUCAACGGCGCGCUCUAGUGGAAGGGCUCAUACAGCACUGGCUCCUUUAUACACACACAAUGCAGAAACUCCGCAAACUCCUCACACUCACACACACAAUCUUGUCGCCUGCCGGUCCCACACACUGUAGUGUCCUGCAGUUGCGCCUCUUGCUGGAAGAUCUGAAGCGAACAGAGCUGUUGUUUCAAAGGUCAGUCUCUGCGUAUCUGUGUGUGAUGGAGGUAGGCAGGCAGCUGUUCUCAGUGAGUAACACGCAGACGCAGAUGCAGCUGCAGACAGACCUGGCAGCCCUGCAGGAGGACUGGAAGCAAAGCCAGUGCAUGCUGGGAAAGAGAAAGACUCUCACAUCUGACAUCAUAAAGAAAUGGGAGACCUGUGAGACCAGGCUAGCUGAUCAGGCCCAGUGCCUGGAGGAGGUACGAGCCAGACUGAAGCAGUCGAUCCCAGAUCAGCAGGAGGAGAUGGAAGAGGAACACCUCCUUGUGAAGGAGGUUCAGGAUUGUUUAGAGGACUGGGCCGUCAGUCUUUCGGAGCUCAGCACCAUGAAGACAGACCUGUCCCAGUACAUCCUCACCGAUGACGUCCUCCUCCUGCAGGAGCAAGUGGACCAUUUGCACUGCCAGUGGGAAGAGCUCUGCCUCAAAGUUUCUCUGCGUAAGCAGGAGAUUGCUGAUCGGCUGAAUGCCUGGAUCAUUUUUAAUGAGAAGAAUCGGGAGCUGUGUGAAUGGCUGACACAGAUGGAAAACAAGGUGGCACACAGUGCUGAGCUGAGCAUCGAGGAGAUGGUGGAGAAACUCAAGAAGGACUGUAUGGAGGAGAUCAACCUCUUCAGUGAGAAUAAGACGCAUCUGAAACAGCUGGGAGAACAACUCAUCACUGCUAGCAACAAGACCAAAGAGACAGACAUCAAUGACAAGAUCAAGGACAUCAACGACCGCUGGCAGCAUCUGUUUGAUCACAUUGAGGCCAGGGUGAGGAAGCUGAAGGAGACGCUGGUGACAGUGCAGCAGCUGGAUAAGAACAUGAGUAAUCUCCGUACCUGGCUUUCUCGCGUCGAGGGUAAGCUGGCCAAACCCAUCAUCUACAGCGUCUGCCACAGUGAUGAGAUACAGCGCAAACUAGCAGAGCAUCAGGACUUGCAGAGAGACAUCGAACAGCACACAGAGGGUGUGGCAUCUGUUCUGACCCUGUGUGAUGUUUUGCUGCAUGAUGCGGAUGCUUGUGGCAGCGAUGGAGAGAACGACUCCAUUCAGCAGACCACUCUCAGCCUGGACCGCCGCUGGAGGAACAUAUGUGCCAUGUCUAUGGAGAGGAGAAUGAGGAUUGAGGAGACAUGGCGUCUGUGGUGCAAGUUCCUGGAUGACUAUUCACGCUUCGAAGAGUGGCUGAGCACGGCAGAACGUACAGCAGCCAACCCUGCCACCAAAGAUGUACUCUACACCUGUGCUAAAGAGGAACUCAAAAAGUUUGAGGCAUUCCAGCGGCAGGUCCAUGAGCGCCUGACACAGCUGGAGCUGGUGAACAAACAAUACCGACGUCUGGCACGAGAGAACCGGACAGAUGGUGCCAGUAAGCUGAAGCUGAUGGUGCAUGAGGGAAACCAGCGCUGGGAUACGCUACAGAAGAGAGUGGCCGCUGUGCUCCGCAGGUUAAAGCACUUCACAUCCCAGCGUGAAGACUUUGAAGGAACAAGGGAGGGGAUUCUGGUCUGGCUGACUGAAAUGGACCUUCAGCUCACCAAUGUGGAGCAUUUUUCAGAGAGUGAUAUCCAUGAAAAGAUGCGUCAACUAAACGCAUUUCAGCAGGAGAUCACUCUAAACACAAAUAAGAUCGAUGCUCUGAUCGUAUUUGGAGAGAACCUGAUCCAGAAGAGUGCUCCACUGGACGCUGUACUCAUCGAAGAUGAACUAGAGGAGCUGCACUCUUACUGCCAGGAAGUGUUUGGCAGAGUCGCCCGAUUCCACCACCGUCUUAUCAGCAGACGUCCAGUGCUAGAGGAGGACCGAGAGUUCUCAGACAGAGACACAGAUCCGGAGGACUCGGCUGAUUUCAGUGGGGUGUGGGAGAGGCAACAGGAGGAGGAAGAGGAGGCUGCUAUGAGCUCUGGUGUUUCUCUGACAGUACGCCAGGCCGUAUCCCAGCUGUUGCCACCUACUCUGGAGCACUCAGGGCGUGAGACGCCCGUCAGUGUGGAUUCAAUCCCACUGGAGUGGGACCACACCGUCGAUGUGGGAGGAUCUUCAUCUCCAGAGGAUGAUGAGGAGUUGACGUUCUACAGCGCCCUAUCAGAUGUAGAAGUCACUGAGAGCUCUCAGUUAUUUUUUAAAGCUACAUCUAAAGCUCUGAAGGCUGUGUCCGGAGGAAGGUCAGUGGUGGAGACGUGGCACUCUCCUGAUGCGCCAGACAGGAAGCGAGCGAACAGAGAGAUUAUACGCAGUCUCACAUCCUCACCCACAGACACCAGCGCUCAGUAUCACCCACAGGCCUAUGAUAAACUCAUGUCUGAUUGUGCUGGCAGUAUAGACAGUAUAAAGCGAGUGAAACUGAUUCUGAGCGAGGAAGAACAACUGGACGAUCAGGGUUUGACGGUCCUCUCCGCAGCAGAUAAGACGGGUGUGAUCGAGCGAUGGGAGCUCCUGCAGGUGCAGUCGUGCAGCAUGCCGCAGGAUCUUCAGCAGUGGCACAAACUCAACUCUGACCUCUCUGAUGUCAUGGCAUGGCUGAACGCUGUGAUGCCUGAGCUAGAGAAACUUCAAACUCUACAGCCAAAAAUCACCAUCAGAGACAUGGAGAGCAAUAUCCACAAACUAAAGGACAUGCAGAGGAUUUUUAACGGCUACAAAUCAGUGAUGAUUGGUGUUAAUCUCAGUGGGCGGGGCUUCCAGCAUGGAGACAGCACUGAGCUACGAGAACUGCGUGAGAGUCUGCAGUCAGCCAAUCAGAAAUGGGCACAGGCCUGUGUGGCCCUGGACAGCUGGGAACACCGACUGCAUCAAGCACUCAUGGAGUGUCAGGAGUUUCACGAGACUCUUCACUCUCUGCUGCUGUGGUUAGCUAAAGCAGAAAGCCAGCGCUACAUGGUCAACAUCCAUGACCAAAACACAGACCUCAACAUCCUGCAAGAGCAUCAAGACACACUUAAGGCUGUUCAACAGGACUUACAGUCUCGUGAGAGGGAGGUGUUCUGCCUGCAGGAGAUCUCCUCACAGAUCCUGCUACAGGACCAUGGAGAAGACACCCUGGAGGCCAAAGAGAAGGUUCACGUCAUCAGCAACAAGUUACGACUGCUGAUCAGACAAAUCACACACGACCUGCACACACUGCAAAGCAGACUGGACUCUUCAGGUCCAGAUGUGGGCAGAACAGCACCAACACAACACCAGGAAGCCGCAGGAGUUGUUACACAGGGAUCUCCCGCGAGUGUCAGGGCUGACAUGUCUAAUUCGUCCCCAGCGAGGCCGUUCCUAUAUCGUGUCCUGCGAGCGGCUUUCCCCCUCCACAUCCUCUUCCUGCUGCUGCUGGUUGUGGCGUGUCUGGUGCCUCUCUCAGAGGACGACUACAGCUGCACUCUCUCCAACAACUUUGCCCGAUCCUUUUACCCCAUGCUCCUCUACACCAACGGACCCCCACCCACAUGAAAAUGACACACACAGCCACAGCUGAAUCACUAGAGGAAAUAGGAUGUAGUCCAAACCUCGUGGUUAACUCUCCUGAAGCAGAUCCUGUAGCUGUGUUUAAUCUGAGUGAAAGCCCUUGUGUUUGAGAUUCAAUAGAUUUUCCUGCAACAAUCAAAUCCUGUUCCUGGAUCUGAAGUCUGUUACACAGAGGGAGAGGGAUUUUUCUCAAUCAAUCCGAACCUUCUCUUCAGGAACCUUUCCUCAUGAUGUAUAUCUUAGAGAAUGACAAGGAUUCCUCAUCAAAGGUGCACUCAUUUUCUAACUGUAUAGUAUGUAGCAGCACAUCCAUUGAAACAUUGAAAUACUCCUUCACACAAAUGCAUUUAUUUUUUAAAUAUGAAUGAUACGUAAUUGAACCUAUAGCUCACUCAUAGGCUUUGAGUUGGCCUGUAUUUUUUAACUAGAAGCCCUGUUUAUAUGUCUGAGUGACGGGACUUGCUUAAAUAUCAGUUAUGGUCAUACAGUGUCAAAUUACUUGCAAUGAUGAAUAUAUUUUAUUUGUAGCUCUCUUAGCUGCCAUUUCUUGGUCAAAGCCAUGGAGGAGAGACACGGAGAGGCAUCAGGGUGUGUGCAAAUGUAAUAGUUCUUUAAUUUAUUCAGCCUAAAGUUUGGUGGCAGUGUUGAUUUCGUGUGUGAAUAUUGUAAAACUACUGAAAUUAUUUAAUUAUAAUUGGUAACUGAUCUCAGUGGAGAUAUAAAUUAUAUCUGAUUAUGUUUUAUAGAUUAUAACUAGAAUUUUUCUGGCAGGAAAGUCUGGUGUCCAGAUGUGUUUGUGUCUGGUGUGUUUUUUGCUGAAUGGUUAAGGUGUCUCAUAGAAACACAUUUCAGAAGUAUCCACAUGAUUGUAUGUGGCUUUUUUAACCUACAGAAAGUUAGUUAUGAUGAUGAUGAUAAUAUAGUGAAAAGGCCAUUAGUCACUCUUUCACUCAUACUAAUUGCCAAAGUGUCAGAGACUUUGUUUUAUAAUUCAUUACGGUUACUAAAAGAGUGCUGUUUGUCCUGUUGUUUGUUUAACGUUUUUAAUUGAAUUGUUAUAGUAUGGAUUACAUUAUGGGUCUACUGAAAUAGACUAUGAAAUAAAUAUCCAGUAAUCAAUCACAGAAAAAACAUUUACUUUAUUAUGAAUUUAUUUUGCAGCAAACCUUGCACUGCCAGUGUCAAACAAUGGUUGAAGAGAAUAUAAAGUUAGAUGUGAUGUUUGUUUUGAAGUCAAUU